AUCAUCCAUUUUAAAAUCUGAAAAAAAAGGCAUGCCCAUAUCAGAUUGUUUCAAUUAUAACACAUUUCAACAAUAAUGUUUCGAUGUUGUGUUUUUGGACAUUAAACGUUUUUUUUGCAAAUGCUUAGUGGUGGUGGCAACUACAGUUUUUCUCAUGUCUAAGGCGACUCAGUGUUUGCCUUGCCUUCAAGGGAUAACUGCUCAAUGCUUUGAGAAAUAUGCCAGAAAACAUAGCAACAGCUGAUAUUUUACAUCGUGGAAGUCUCUGACUGUUAGUUUAAACCAUGGGUGAUGUUGCAUUAUGGGUUCCAGAUGGUUACACACUUAUUGUGGAUAUUGAUCCGGAUGAAUAUGUGAAGGCAAUGAAUGAGAUUAAUGCAGCUGCUAGAAUGAGGGUUGCAGCAAAUGAGAAAGCUGAAGCAGAAAAAAUACUGCAGUUUAAGCGAGCUGCGGGUGAUGCUGGUGUCAGUAUAGUUAGGCAGAGCCAUGUUUAUGGGCUAAGAGACAGUGUGCUGGAAUUCUCGGUGAAUAUACGUAGGUCAACUUCAGUGAGUGCCGUGGAACUUGUUGGCGAAAUUCCUGAUCGAAGCAUGUCUGGGACGUUUUUUGAGUCACUUGAACUAGUCAUAACAACAACGUAACUGGAAAAAACCCUUAAAGCACUAGUGCUGCAGAGUUCUGGUGCCUACAGCUUUCUUGAAUAUGAACUUUGUGGAUCCCAAACUGCACGCUGUGGAUUCGUGGUUUAACUCUUCUGUCAAUGUUUGGCUCCUUGGUGAUUAGAAGGAGAUGGAGGCACAAUACGUGCUCUUUCAGUUCUCAGGGAGCUUUGAUGCAUCCAGUUUCCUUGCAAACAAACUGUGUGGACUCCUCUAGCAGAGAACCGAACCGAGUCGCCUAAAGCUGAACGUGGAGAUCGAGGACAAGAGCACAAGGAAGUUGAUGGGUUUUACGUGAGCAUGACACUUUGGAUUUGUGGUUAGCUUCGGGCAGUAUUUGCCUCCUUGGUAAUUAACAAGAUAUGGAAGCCCAUCUACUCUAGUUGAGCUAUUUUUUACGAGUGGGUUUUAUAGAGAAAAAAGAGAAAUAAAAGGUUCAGAAUAUCACAAAAUAGAACGAGAAUUAUCAGGGAAAAAGUAAUAGGAAACUAAUGAAUUUUGGGGAAAAAAUAAAAAAAAAAUCAGUAAAUAAAUAAAAACC